AUGGCAUCUACACAGAGACGCGUCCUUCCUGGCCAGAGCUCCUCUGGACCGGAUUUCUUUGACAUGUGGCACGACUACAUGAACCUGAGCAAACUGCUGCUGAGACCACAGGACCUACCGCAGACUGGUUUCUGGGACAUCCCAAUGAAACCCCAGGAGCCAGGGACCACACGCACGCGAGGGGACAGCACCAGCUCCCUAAGCAGCCUCUCGGACAACAGCCUGAACGGGAGCCCUGACUUCUGCCACUUCUGCAAACAAAACGGAGAGACUGCCAGGGUGUACCGUUCGCACAAGCUGAAAGCAGGCGACGGGAGGGUCCUGUGUCCCAUCUUGUGGAGCUACACCUGCCCGAUAUGCGAGGCCACGGGGGACCAGGCCCACACGCGCAAGUACUGCCCCGAGCUGCAACGACAGGACGUGCGAAACAGGCGUCAUUGA